GAGGUCAUCUAAAUGAGAAACGGAUGUACUGACAUUAUUCAUCUGUGCAGUUUGCAAAAAAUUAUUGAGCUGUGCUACAGAGACCUUUUGAGGGUCAGGAGCUCAAUGUGACAAAAGUGUCCAAUAAUCCAGGUCCUGAAGAACUGGUUUUUCAGGGGGUGAGAAACAGCGAGGAGCAAGCAAACCUGCGAUGAGCCCCCUGAAUUCAACCUCCUUCAUUAACGCCACUAUUGUUCGUCCUGAGUUCUUUUUCAUAAGUGGUUUUGCCGGUAUUUCCCAUGCAAACUACUACUAUGUCUUCUUGUGCUUUGUUUAUGCUGUGAGUCUACUAGGAAAUGCCUUUGUCAUGUUUGUGAUUUACACUGACCACCGUCUCCACAGUCCAAAAUACAUUGUCGUUUUUAAUUUGGCUGUGUCUGACUUGUGUGGAAGCACCGCACUUGUUCCUCAGAUGAUUGACACCCUGCUGUUUAAAUCACAUUUAAUCUCCUACGAGGCCUGUUUGACUAAUUCGUUUUUUGUUUUUGCUUUUAACACUAUGCAAUCUUUCACUCUCACAGUUCUGUCCUAUGAUAGAUUUGUUGCUAUAUGCUUACCACUGAGAUAUAAUGAGAUUGUGACUAGUAAAUCAGUGUUGGUGAUCACAGCCAUUAUAUGGAUGUUUUCAGGAUUUGCCAAUCUCAUACCUGUGAUAUUUAUCAGCAGAGUAUCAUUCUGCAAAUCCAUUGUGGUAAACAGCUAUUUCUGUGAUCUUGGACCCAUACACCUUUUGGCAUGCGGUGACGACACUCCAAGAGCUGUGAUGAACUGGACACAUCCUGUUAUAAUUCUAUGGUUUCCGGCACUUUUUAUCACAUGUACAUACAUCUGUAUAGCCAGAGCAUUAUAUAAAAUUUCAGAAGCCUCUGAGCGCCUCAAAGCCAUGAAGACCUGCACCUCUCAUUUGAUCUUGGUGAGUGUGUUUUAUCUUCCUAUAUGUAUCACCUAUGCAAUGGGCUCCACCAUUCAACUGAACGCCUGGAUAGUAAACAUGUCUCUGACGACUGUCUUGCCACCAGUGCUGAAUCCAAUCAUUUACUCUCUGAAGACAGAGGAAUUCACAGAAUCCAUUAAAAAGCUGUACAGAAGAAACAAGAUAAACUUUGCUGUAAGGAAUAAAUGAAUAAAUGUUUUAAUCACAAAUGACUGACUAGCAAUUUUCACUGUGCUCAUUUUU